AUGCCUCGCAAAUAUUCCUUCGAGUCCUCUGGACCGGAUGAACAGGAGCCUCUCGACAAUACCAGUAACCAGCGCUCCCCAGGAUCUCGCCGCCUGCAAACAACACAACCGCACCAACAGCACAUCGAACUGGAACAGCACGAACCUUACUACGACGAACCACCGCAGGCGCCUGUCUACCAACAACCAGCGCAGGCGUCUCCACGGCAAGACCGUCAACAACAUAACCACUACCCGCCGUCCAGUUCUCGCACGCCCCGUAACCCCGUCUUCCACCCGGACAGCGCCUACCACCAGCUCGCCGCCCAACGUCAGCUCGGCGCAGCCGCGCCUCUCCGAACGACAGCACUCGCUGGCGGAGCGGCAGACAUCGUCUCCCCCAUUUCGCCUCCUGCACCUCCGCCGCACGGCGGCACGCGCCAGCCCUUGGCCACGCCGCUCCCGCCGCCGUCCAACAUCACACCCGGAGCCGACAACUUUAGCGAGUCUGCCGCGGGUGGCAUGGCUGGUAUUGCCUACAGCGUCGCCGAUCGUAACCCAAGAGAGAGCGGAGUCGCGGCCAUGAGUGGGAUGCAGCAACCACAGCAGCAAGAGCAGCAGCAAAUGCAGCAAAAUUAUCAGGGCUCCCCGCCACCGGGGUAUCCUCAACACACAUACCAGGCUGGACCCUACCCGUCGCAGUCGCAACAGCAACAGCAACAGCAACAAUACCGCGGAUACAAUGGCCCAUACGACCAGCCGGAGCAGAGCCAGCCGUCACCACAGAUGCUCCGUCCGGCGUAUGGAGGCUCAGGCGGGCGCAACGUUGACAGGGACUCGAGGUCAAGCCUGCAAGGCCUUGGCGGUGCGGCGUAUCCUCCGGGCGCUGGGACACCGGGAACGCGCACGCCGUCACGGAGCCCGCACGGCAAUUUCGGUGGCGACGUUUACACGGACAACCCGUACAACCGGUACUCCAUGCACGACACGUCACUUGGUUAUGUCAACCCUAAUGAGAUUGAAGACGAUGGCGACGACGGCCUGGAGUACGGCCGCAGUCGUAAUGCAAGAACGUCCAUGCUGAGCUUGGCUGGCUACAGCACCAAAAGCAGCCGUAGCGGGACUGCCAGUGGUGCGGUUGGUCCGGCGGCUGUUGGUGCUGCCGCUGUCGGUGCGGCAGCUGCAGGACCGGCAGCAACUGCGGCUCUCGCACACGGCAAUGCAGGCGAGUAUUCGCAUGCACCAGGGAUGGGGGGUUCUCCGGAUGGCCUCAUGGGCGACCGCGUCGCCUCGUCAAAUGGUGCACGCUACAAUGCCUUGAACAACGGCCAUUCUCACUACGCAGGUGGCGGUGGCAGUGGCGGUGGAUAUGACAGCGGCGCAUAUAACAACCUGGGUCGCAGCGGUGGCGUCCCCGAAAAGUCCGAAUGGCUCACCAAACAAAGUCACAGCAAGAAGAUUUGGAAGUGGGCCAUUAUCAUUGGUAUCGCGCUCGCCGUCAUUGCCGGCGUUGUCCUGGGCGUUGUCUUUGGUGUUGUCCUGAAGAAGAAGGACGGCAGCAGCGGCGGUAGUAACGAUUCGUCUGGCACUGCUUCUGGUGACACUAACAAGAACGGCGAUCUCGACAUCAACAGCCCCGAGAUCCAGAAGCUGCUCAACAACAAGAACCUGCACAAGAUCUUCCCCGGCGUCGAUUACACGCCCAUCAACACGCAGUUCCCAGACUGUCUCGCCAACCCUCCGUCGCAAAACAACGUGACACGGGAUAUCGCCGUGCUGUCGCAGCUGACCAACACGAUCCGCCUGUACGGCACGGACUGCAACCAGACGGAGAUGGCGAUCCACGCCAUCAACCAGCUGAAGUUGCAGGACACAGUCAAGAUCUGGAUGGGCGUGUGGCAGGACAACAACCAGACGACGAACGCGCGGCAGCUCGCGCAGAUGUGGGACAUUCUCGACAAGUUCGGCGCCGACCCGUUCAAGGGCAUCAUUGUCGCCAACGAAAUUCUGUUCCGGCAGCAGAUGACGACGAGCCAGCUGUCGACGCUGCUGCAGUCGGUGCGCACGAACAUGUCGUCGAUGAGCAUCAGCCUCCCCGUCGCGACGUCGGAUCUCGGCACGGUGUGGGAUGCCGAGCUGUCGCAGGCGUCGGACUACGUCAUGGCCAACAUCCACCCGUUCUUUGGCGGCGUGAACGCCAAUGAUGCAGCCGCCUGGACAUGGAACUUUUGGGAGACGAAUAACGGUGCAUUCUUCAAGUCCGACAAGAGCAAGAACAUCAUCAGCGAGACGGGGUGGCCGAGCGAGGGCGGCACCGACUGCGGCUCCGGGUCCACGCUGACGGUCUGCCCCGAUGCGGCCGUGGCCGGCAUCUCCCAGAUCAACACGUUUUUGUCGACGUGGGUGUGCGACGCACUGACGAACGGGACCGAGUACUUUUGGUUCGAGGCGUUUGACGAGCCAUGGAAGAUCCAGUACGACUCGGGCGACCAGAACUGGGAGGAUCACUGGGGCAUCAUGGACGUCAACCGCAACCUCAAGCCGGGCAUCGUCAUCCCCGACUGCGGCGGGACGACGGUAUGA